UUCUGUCUCAUGCUCGUCAGGGUCUUUGCAAGGUACUUCAUCCAUUCUUCAACUUGUCUUUGCCCGCCUUUCUCGAAUCAAGGUGUCUCUUUACAGCCACGAACCUAUCGGCGACCCAUUAUUCUACCUAGUCCCCCUCUCACUCCUUUCUCAACCCAUCACUUUUCUACCCAAGAUCUUGCAACCAGACGUGUCUUGCAGACACCCCUACAUUUUCGACCUUUGCGACCACCACACUCAACCUCAUCCUAUCUCGCUCCGACCGGAACCGUUUGCCCAGGAGAUCAAUCAACAUGGCGAAGGUAGCAACCGACUUUGAGAAGAUCAUCCAACAAGGACGAGAGAGGAAGAAGAACGAGGCGCUGGCACAGAAGAUCUUCUCCAAGGACAGAAGGCAGAGCGCGCCUUCCAAGCUCAAGUCCGGUGCGGGACCGUCGCUGGCGAGCCGAGUCGGUAUCACGAAGAAGCCCCGCACCGCAUCCCUUGGCCCCAAGCCCCUUCCUGUUGGCAACAUCGACGGCGACUGGACACACGACCUCCACGGAACGGUGAACAAUGGCGGCGGCAGAGGAGGACGGAACAACAACGGCAACAGCGCCGGUGCAGGCGGCCUCGCGUCGCGCAUUUCUGCGCCGGGAGGAGGCAGGUCCGCGCCCGGCGCGGCUUCGAACGGCGGCAAUAACAACAACAGACGAGUCGACCGACGCGCCGAGCAGAAGGCGGCGAGAGUGGCUGCCGCGAUUGAGCGCUCGGGCACCAUGGCCGACGUCCAGAUGACUUCUGUCGCGAACGUGGUGCCUACGGGACCGGCGAUCAGGCAGGGCCUCUCUAUCAGAGGGCUGGCGGGUCCGUUCGCGGUGAUGGCGCAGAACUUUGCGCCGGGGACGACGGCGGCGGAUAUCGAGAGCGCGAUGACGCCUGUGGGCGGGGAGAUGCUGAGCUGUCGGAUCAUCAAGACGACGCCUCUGAUUCUGGCGGAGAUGGUAUUUGCGACGAAGGAGGGUGGUGAUGCGGUCAUUUCCACGUUUAACAACCAGACGGCCGACGGACGCAUCAUCAAAGUCUACCCCAAGCCCGGCGGCUACAAGGAGCCCUCUACCCGCCCCGCCAACACCCGUUCGACCUCGAGCAACUUUGUCGACGGCAUGAACGGAUUCCCCGAGGCCAUGGAGGAAGACAACGGCGGCUUGUACAGCGAUGACCUCGUUCGCAAUGUCGGCAACGGCGGCGGGAACGGCAACAACAACAACCGUAGAGGACGAAACUUCAACCGUGGCGGCAGGCGAUGAGUGAGAGGCGAAGAUGACGAUGGGGAAACGUUCCGGUGCUAGACGGGCGAAUUAUGA